ACCUCUCCGUAUGGAACCUUAAGCCACGCCUUCAAAGAGGUCACGACCUUUCCACCACUUCCUUAGACAAACUUAUAAACAACAUGGCUGCCUCUUGUCAAACUCGGAGAGCUUCGUUGGCGGAUUUACAGGCUGAUUUGUCGACUUCUUUUAUGAAACAGGUGUCAUUUUCAAUGAAAAGUAAACAGCAAGGGUUUAAGUUUUUUAGUGAGGGGUACUUCCAUUCAGUAAGCAUGACUUACGGAGAGAAUGACACCAUCGUCAGUAGUGCCAAGUGCUAUCGCAGUAUGAAGAAAAACGAGCCGCCCCAUGCUGUUCAUGUUGACAUCAAGCCUGAAGAAAUAUCCUAUGCCUAUUGUUCAUGUCAAGCAGGAGCUAGUGGAUCAUGUUCCCAUGUCAUUGGAUUCAUCAUAGCACUGCAGCAAUGGCAGUUGAUGGGUUUCACUGAGGUUCCAUCAAAGCUGUCCUGUACAUCACUUCCAGAACAGUGGAGCAAACCUCGGUGUACCAAAGUUGAAGCAGGCGAUGUACCACAUUUAGUUUUUGUCAACCCCAAACCAGACAGGAAAAAGAAACCAGUUACUAAUACAUUGACAGAAUGCAGAAAUGUACGGGUCGAGGAGACAGAUAUUCAACAUCUUCAAGGCCUAAAAGACCUUCCCAUAGGAUACCUUGUCUGCAACCCCUCAAAAACUGUGCACACUCAUGUUGGACCAGUCCCUGUUGGCAGUGGCUUGUCAACGCAUGCAAAGUUUUUUGAGACUGAGCCAAUAAAAUCUGUUGGCACUAGAUGUGGCAAUCUAGCUUUUCCCCAGGCCGCCACAGUGACCCUUGGAGCAGAGUACCACAUCGAGGAUAUGACACAGGAGCAAUGUGAGCAGUUAGAGCAACAAACAAGGGACCAGACCAACAGUCAGAUGUGGUUUCAAGCGAGGAAACACAGGCUGACAGCAUCCACAUUUGGGAUCAUACUCAAAAGAAAAACCAUCACAGAAAAGUUCAUCAACAACAUCAUAAAUGAAAAGGCUUUCACAUCUGUUGCAACCAGCUAUGGCAAAAGUAAUGAAAGACAAGCUAUUGAAAAAUACAUUAAGCAGUCAGGUAAUCAUGUUCAUGAUUGUGGUCUUGUAGUGAACAGAAAGUUUCCAUUUCUAGGAGCUACACCAGAUGGGAAGGUGUGUGAAGAUGGUAUUACAGGCAUCAUAGAAGUAAAAUGUCCAUACUCAGCCCGAGACAUGUCCAUUAGUGAUGCCUGCUGUUUAUUGCCAAAGUUCUGCUUGCAAAAUACAGAUGGGAUAAUUUCAAUCAAGAAAGCUCCCCAUUAUCAUGAAUAUUUUUAUCAAGUUCAAGGACAACUCAUGAUUUCAGGUGCUGCCUUUUGUGACUUUGUUGUUUUCACAAAAAAAGACCUUUUCAUACAAAGAAUUUUUCCUCUUCCUGUGUUUAUGCAACAAAUGUUGGAUGAAUUGAGUGCUUUUUACUUUCAGCAUGUUAAACCAGUACUGUGUUUGCCAAGUUCUCAUAAUGUGUGUACACUUACAGCAUGAGUCAGUCUGACAAUCAGUUGUCACGGUUGAACUUGUAUGCACAGCAGUGGCAGAAGGUAAAGAUGGGUUGUCAGAUUUAGCUAUCUUUUCUGUUGGCUCCAAUCUGCAACAAUAUUUGAAACUAUAAACUUUUACAAAGUUACUAUUGAUUGUUGUUUGAGAAGAUAAAAUUAAACCAAUAUCAAAUA